GGCCGGAAGUCGCCCGCCCUCCCCUUCUCGCUCUCUUUCUGUCGCCAUCUUGAGCCCGUCUAGUCGUCUUCAAAAUGCCUGGUGAAGCCACGGAAACCGUCCCAGCAACAGAACAGGAGCUGCCACAGCCUCAGGCUGAGACAGGGUCUGGGACAGAAUCCGACAGCGAUGAAUCAGUGCCAGAACUUGAAGAACAGGACUCCACACAGGCCACAACACAGCAGGCACAGCUUGCAGCAGCAGCUGAAAUAGACGAAGAACCAGUUAGCAAAGCAAAACAGAGUCGGAGUGAAAAGAAAGCACGGAAGGCAAUGUCCAAGCUUGGCCUUCGCCAGGUCACAGGUGUAACCAGAGUUACUAUCCGGAAAUCCAAGAACAUCCUGUUUGUCAUCACCAAGCCAGAUGUAUACAAAAGUCCUGCGUCAGAUACCUAUAUAGUCUUUGGUGAGGCAAAGAUUGAAGAUCUGUCACAGCAAGCACAACUGGCUGCUGCUGAGAAAUUCAAAGUGCAAGGAGAAGCUGUUUCAAACAUUCAGGAAAACACACAGACCCCCACUGUCCAAGAGGAGAGCGAAGAAGAGGAGGUUGACGAGACUGGUGUUGAGGUGAAGGACAUAGAGUUAGUAAUGUCCCAAGCAAAUGUUUCCCGGGCAAAAGCCGUCCGCGCCCUGAAGAAUAACAGUAAUGAUAUCGUAAAUGCGAUUAUGGAAUUGACGAUGUAACCACACAGAAAGGGGAACCUUUUUGGUGUUUCAGAAGAAAGUUAAAUUGCAGCUAAAUUCAAAAUUUGUACUAUUUCUAUCAGUUAAUAAAAGUUGUGGUUUAAA